AUGGCCAAGAUGAUAGCUGCUGUCAUUGUCUGCGUGUUAGUUUUAGCCCUGGAUAUCACUGCUGGCAUACUAGGACUUCAGGCCCAGGCUGCACAAAACAAGACUAAAAAGGUGACAGUGCUCUUCAUCCAAUGCGAGAAACCUGUGUAUAAAGCAUACCAGCUAGGGCUCGCGGCAGCAGUGUUCCUGGUAGUUGCUCAUGCAGUGGCCAACUUUCUCGGUGGCUGUGCCUGUAUCUGCUCUCAGCUGGAGUUCAUCCGGGCAUCCAUCAACAGGAAACUCGCAGCAACUCUUAUAAUUCUCUCAUGGAUUGCUCUCAUCGUCGGCUUCUCGUUACUGCUUGCUGGGGCCAUGUCCAAUUCCAAGUCGAAGACAUCAUGCGGGUUCGUGCACGGCAAGACCCUGGGCCUGGGAGGGAUCAUGUGCUUCGUCCAUGCGGGGAUCACAGUCGCCUACUAUGUCACCGCCACCGCAGCGGCACACGAAAUUCAUUAG